AUGUCUGCUGGUGACAGGCAUGAUGAAGAUGUAGACUUCAAAGAGUACCAUAUCAGAAACGACUGGCAACCACUGCAGAGCUCUUACAAUGCUGAGCAUCAAGGUGCUACAGCUUCCACCAUACGAGGUCUGGGACAGGAAGGGACUCUGGGGCUGCCUGACCUCCCAGGCCUUGACAUACACAGUCGGUCCCGCGGGCAGGCCUCCGAGGCCCGGGUACACACAUCAGCCGCCCCGCCAACAGGCCUCCGAGAUCCACGGACAACGAAGCCAGUAGGCCGCAGGAAGUGUUUCUCGCUCAAGGCUCGCUGGCUGAAUUCGUGCGAGAACUUAGAUGGACUUUUGACACUGAAUGAUGAGACCCUUGAUGAUGACUGUCUGGUUCCAAACUUCCACAAAUGUGAAAUAUGUCUGCUGUCUUUUCCAAAGGAGUCCCAGUUUCAGCGCCACAUGAGGGAGCAUGAGCAAAAUGACAAGCCACACCGAUGUGACCAGUGUCCCCAAACAUUUAAUGUAGAAUUCAACCUGAGGCUUCAUAAAUGUACACACAAUGCAGAAGACCCUGUCUGUCCUGUGUGCAACAAGAGGUUCUCCAGAGUGGCCAGUCUCAAAGCACAUAUUAUGCUCCAUGAGAAGGAAGAGAACCUCAUCUGCUCUGAGUGUGGGGAUGAGUUCACGCUGCAGAGCCAGCUGGCAAUUCACAUGGAGGAGCACCGGCAGGAGCUGGCGGGUACGCGAGUCCACACCUGCAAGGUCUGUAAGAAGGAGUUUGAGACGUCGCCUGAGCUGAAGGAGCACAUGAAGACUCACUGUAAAGUUCGGACGUCGGGUACAAGAUCUUAUAAUCGGAACAUUGACAGAAGUGGCUUCACAUACUCAUGUCCACACUGUGGAAAGACAUUUCAGAAACCUAGUCAGUUAACUCGACAUAUAAGGAUACACACAGGUGAAAGGCCAUUCAAAUGCAGUGAGUGUGGAAAAGCUUUUAACCAGAAGGGUGCGCUGCAGACCCACAUGAUCAAGCACACGGGUGAAAAGCCACAUGCCUGUGCCUUUUGUCCUGCUGCCUUUUCUCAGAAGGGGAACCUGCAGUCCCAUGUGCAGAGAGUCCACUCAGAGGUCAAGAAUGGACCUACCUAUAACUGUACAGAAUGUAGCUGUGUAUUUAAAAGUUUGGGUAGCUUGAACACUCAUAUUAGCAAGAUGCAUAUGGGCGGACCCCCAAAUUCCACAGAGACUGCACAUGUUAUAACGGCCACACUCUUUCAGACUCUGCCUCUGCAGCAAGUGGAAGCCCAGGUCUCAUCAGCCUCCAGUCAGCAGACUUCUCAGACAGUGACUGAUGUUAUCCAACAGCUACUGGAACUGUCUGAGCCAGGGCCAGUGGAGACACAACAGUCUCCACAGUCUGGGAGGCAACUGAGCAUGACAGUGGGCAUCAGCCAGGACAUCCUCCAGCAAGCCUUAGAAAACAGUGGGCUGUCUUCACUUCCAGUUGCAGCACCUCCCAACGACUGUAGCCAUGCCCAGACGUCCACGGUGUCCACUCGGAGUCCUCAUGCGUCUAAUGUCUCUGCUGAGCAAGCUGACCCCACAGACACAGAGCAGGAACAGGAACAGGAAAGUCCUGAGAAGAUAGAUAAGAAAGAGAAAAAAGUUAUAAAGAGGAAAUCACCAUUUCUACCUGGCUCCAUUCGUGAGGAGAACGGGGUACGGUGGCAUGUAUGUCCCUAUUGCACGAAGGAGUUCCGGAAACCCAGUGACCUUGUGCGCCACAUCCGCAUCCACACUCAUGAGAAGCCCUUCAAGUGUCCACAGUGUUUCCGGGCCUUUGCUGUGAAGAGUACACUGACUGCUCACAUCAAAACUCACACGGGCAUCAAGGCCUUCAAGUGCCAGUAUUGCAUGAAGAGCUUUUCCACCUCAGGGAGCCUCAAGGUGCACAUCCGCCUACACACAGGAGUUAGACCUUUUGCUUGUCCUCACUGUGAUAAAAAAUUCCGAACCUCAGGCCAUAGGAAGACACAUAUAGCUUCCCACUUUAAACACACGGAAUUAAGGAAGCUGAGGCACCAGCGCAAACCUUCGAAGGUUCGGCUUGGCAAGACAAACGUUCCUGUUCCUGACAUUCCUCUGCAAGAACCAAUUCUCAUAACUGACCUGGGUCUUAUCCAGCCUAUUCCAAAAAACCAGUUUUUCCAAAGUUAUUUUAAUAAUAAUUUUGUCAAUGAAGCAGAUAGACCGUACAAGUGUUUUUACUGUCAUCGAGCGUAUAAAAAGUCUUGCCAUCUUAAACAACACAUCAGAUCACAUACUGGUGAAAAACCUUUCAAAUGUUCUCAGUGUGGAAGAGGCUUUGUCUCUGCAGGAGUGCUCAAAGCUCAUGUCCGAACACACACUGGCUUGAAGUCUUUCAAGUGUCUAAUUUGUAAUGGAGCCUUCACCACAGGUGGCAGCUUACGGAGACACAUGGGUAUACAUAAUGACCUCCGUCCUUACAUGUGUCCCUAUUGCCAGAAAACAUUUAAGACCUCACUAAAUUGCAAAAAACACAUGAAAACCCAUAGAUAUGAACUGGCCCAGCAGCUUCAGCAGCAUCAGCAGGCCACCUCCAUGGAUGACAGCACUGUGGACCAGCAGAGCGUGCAAGUAUCAGCUCCCAUGCCUGUGGAGAUUGAGAGUGCAGAGCUGCAGCAGACCUCAGAGACAGUUGCGGCAGACCCUGAAGCCAUACUGGAACUGGGGCCACAGCAUGUGGUGGGCACAGAAGAUUCAGCGCUUGGGCAGCAGUUGGCAGAUCAGCCUUUGGAAGCCGAUGAAGGUAAUAUUUCAGGAGGUUUAGCUUUUCUGAUAAUCUUAGCAAAGUCUAACAAUCUUCACACUCAGUAUAGUCUCUGUUGGGAUGAUUGUGUCUCUGUGUAUAUCUGUAACUUGCUGCAGGUCCCAAGCUCUGACACCAUUAAUGUGACAACUCGUUUGCUUCCGGAGUCAUCUCAUGAGGAGCUGGACCUCCAAACAGAGCGUCCCCAGUUCCUAGAGGACAGCGAAGACCAGAGCAGGCGCUCUUACAGGUGUGACUAUUGCAACAAAGGCUUCAAGAAGUCCAGCCACUUGAAGCAGCAUGUGAGAUCACACACGGGGGAGAAGCCUUACAAGUGCAAGCUCUGUGGGCGUGGUUUCGUUUCCUCUGGUGUCCUCAAGUCCCAUGAGAAGACACACACAGGAGUCAAGGCAUUCAGUUGUAGCAUCUGCAAUGCUUCCUUCACCACUAAUGGCAGCCUCACACGGCACAUGGCCACACACAUGAGCAUGAAGCCUUACAAGUGUCCAUUCUGUGAAGAGGGCUUCCGCACUGCAGUUCACUGUAAAAAGCACAUGAAGAGACACCAGACAGUCCCCUCUGCUACCUCAGCAACUACAGAGACAGAGGGAGGAGACACGUGUGUGGAGGAAGAGGACGAAAACUCUGACAGAAGUGCAUCAAGAAAGCCUCGUCCUGAGGUCAUUACUUUCACAGAGGAGGAGACAGCCCAGCUAGCCAAAAUUCAGCCCCAGGAGAGUGCUACAGUGUCUGAGAAGGUGUUGGUGCAGUCAGCUGCAGAAAAGGACCGCAUCAGUGAGAUGAAGGAUAAGCAGGCAGAGCUUGAGGCUGAGCCCAAGCAUGCCAACUGCUGCACAUACUGCCCCAAGAGCUUUAAGAAGCCCAGUGACCUGGUGAGGCAUGUUAGAAUCCAUACUGGAGAAAAGCCAUACAAGUGUGAUGAAUGUGGAAAGAGCUUUACCGUGAAGUCCACUCUCGAUUGCCAUGUGAAGACCCACACAGGCCAGAAACUGUUCAGCUGCCAUGUCUGCAGCAAUGCCUUCUCCACAAAGGGAAGUCUGAAGGUCCACAUGCGCCUGCACACAGGAGCAAAGCCUUUCAAGUGCCCUCAUUGUGAGCUGCGCUUCCGGACGUCUGGACGAAGGAAGACUCAUAUGCAGUUUCAUUAUAAACCAGACCCAAAGAAAGCCAGGAAGCCUGUGACACGAAGCUCGUCAGAAGGCCUUCAGCCCGUGAACCUCCUGAACAACUCCACUGACCCCAAUGUGUUCAUCAUGAACAACUCUGUUCUAACCGGGCAGUUUGAUCAAAAUUUGCUUCAGCAAGGGCUGGUGGGUCAAGCUAUCCUUCCCGCCUCUGUGUCAGCUGGUGGGGACUUGACAGUGUCUUUGACUGAUGGGAGUUUGGCCACCCUAGAAGGCAUCCAGUUACAGCUGGCUGCUAACUUGGUUGGACCAAAUGUUCAGAUUUCUGGAAUUGACGCCUCCAGCAUCAACAACAUCACUCUGCAGAUUGAUCCGAGCAUUCUGCAGCAAACAUUGCAGCAGGGGAACCUGCUUGCUCAGCCUCUCACAGGGGAGCCCGGUGUGGCCUCUCAGAACAGCUCACUUCAGACGUCAGAGAGCACCGUCCCAGCCAGUGUUGUCAUCCAGCCCAUCUCAGGCCUGUCCUUACAGCCCACAGUGACAUCUGCCAAUCUGACUAUUGGCCCGUUGUCUGAGCAGGACUCUGUGCUGACCACCAGCAGCAGUGGGACGCAGGAUCUCAAUCAAGUGAUGACUUCGCAAGGCCUCGUGUCCACCUCAACAGGCCCCCAUGAGAUUACCCUGACCAUCAACAACUCAAGUCUCAGCCAGGUCCUGGCCCAGGCUGCUGGCCCCACCGCAUCGUCAUCCUCGGGCUCUCCACAAGAGAUUACCUUGACUAUCUCUGAACUUAAUCCUACGAAUGGAAACCUUCCUUCAACAACACCAAUGUCGCCAUCAGCCAUCUCAACUCAGAACCUGGUCAUGUCUUCGUCAGGUGUGGGUGGAGACGCCAGUGUCACACUGACCCUGGCUGAUACUCAGGGAAUGCUGUCUGGAGGCCUGGACACAGUUACACUGAACAUCACCUCUCAGGGUCAGCAGUUCCCGGCGUUGCUCACGGAUCCCUCUCUCUCAGGCCAAGGUGGAGCAGGUUCACCGCAAGUGAUUUUAGUGAGCCACACUCCUCAGUCGCCAUCUGCUGCUGGUGAAGAAAUAGCUUACCAGGUGACUGAUGUCUCUGCCCAGCUGGCCCCCAGCAGUCAGCCUGAGAAAGACAGUCCUGUACACCAGUGCCUGGAUUGCGAACGUGCCUUCUCAUCAGCUGCAGUGCUCAUGCACCACAGCAAAGAGGUGCAUGGCAAGGAGCGUAUCCACGGCUGCCGGGUCUGCAGGAAGGCCUUCAAGCGUGCUACACACCUCAAGGAGCACAUGCUGACACACCAGGCGGGCCCCUCGCUCAGCUCUCAGAAGCCCAGGGUAUUCAAAUGCGACACUUGCGAAAAGGCAUUUGCCAAACCAAGCCAGCUGGAACGGCAUAGCCGCAUUCAUACAGGGGAGCGGCCGUUCCACUGCACUCUGUGUGAGAAAGCCUUCAACCAGAAGAGCGCACUGCAGGUUCACAUGAAGAAGCACACGGGUGAGCGACCCUACCGCUGUGACUACUGCGUCAUGGGCUUCUCUCAGAAGAGCAACAUGAAGCUGCACAUGAAGCGGGCACACAGCUUUGUGGGAACCUUGCAGGCAGCCACUGUGGUCCAGGAGCAGGAUGGGGAGGACCUGAGGACCCUCCACCUGGAGGAGGUGCAAGAGGCGGCGGGCGAGUGGCAGACCCUCGCUAACGUGUUCUGAUGCCGUAGAGGGGGCCCAAGAGGGUUCAUGAAGCUAGCUACACCUGUGAAGAUCAGAGCACUCAGAGUUUCUGUUUUAAAACUUCAAGUGUUGAAAAUCUACCACAAUAGUUUUUUAGCUAAAAUUAUUUAAAGAAUCAUUGUCAUUCAGAGACUUACAGAAAAGAACUGGGAAAAGUAUAAACACACUGUUCUCACUUUCUACAAAUCAUUGAGCUUGGGCACUCCUGGUCAGUUCCAUCUUCUCAUGGCCAGUGUAUGUCGUUAGCAGAUGAGCUGGAUCUUAAUAUCAUUGCAGUGUGAUUUGUGUUAUCCAAAGACAAGUUAACAUGGAAAAACACGUAUGAUAGGUGCAUGAAGUUCAGAAGUGGUGCCAUCAUUCACAAGGAUGUUUUUCCACUUUUUACUCUGCAUUUUGAAAAAUUAGUAGCAAUCAACUCUUUUUAGCCCACUCUAAGUUCGAGUAAUGAAUGCCUUGAGAGAUGGCUGGACCACUUCUCUCUCCAUCAGAUACCUAAUCCCUAGCUAGAAGAACACAGAAGCUGGCACCAGCAGAGUCACGGAGGGAAUCUGACCUGUAGUCGAGGCCCAGCUACUCACACGGAUGUCCACAUGCUUGCUGCAUGAAUCUGUCCAGGCACAUGGGUUAGAUCACUGCAGAAGCACAAGCCAUACCCUGUGAACAGGAAUGCCAGUUGUCUCCUAAGGGACAGUCGCUGUUCCUGUCCACCUCAGUAAAUUUAUCUGUAGUUUAAGGCUAAGGUCUCACAAAUCCCUGCGACUUUCUCCUUGUGUGAGGUGGUGUCUUUAUUUCAGGGAAUUCCUUAGUGUCAUCAGCAGUGCCACACAAGACAUA